UUGGCCCUUGGGCCAUGGGCCAUGCCGUUUGAAGGCCUAGGCGGGCCUGGGGCCCAAUGAGCCUGGCAAGGCACUUUCAGCUGGCCAGGAGAGUUUGCUUGAGAUGCGGAGAGGUUCAAGAAGAUACCCACACCAACAGCUCGAUGCGCUGGGUGGCUCUUGGGAUUUUGAGCUUGGACAUUUGCGUCAGCUAUGUGCCACAGUAUACCUUCGUACCGAUCUUGCGACAGGGCAUGCAUUCUUUGCACGUGGACGAGGCUGCAAUGAAUUUCCUCUGUAUCCUCUACGCACUGGUCUAUGUGCCCGGAGCCUUUGUGACGGGUCCGCUGGUUUCGGUGCUGGGGUGUCGCUGGACUUUCAUCCUGGCGACGCUUCUGAUUGCUCUAGGCUGUGCUGUGCGAACUGCUGCUUGGAACAGCCCAUUGGAGGCGCAGCACUUUGGACGCCGGCUCUCCGUCCUCCCCAAACUCUUCGAGUCAGAGCUGAUGCCGAGCUGGAUGAGUAAUUCGCCUUUUGUGUUUUUGGUCUUUGGCCAGGCCUUAUGUGCCUUAGGCCAGCCGCUGCUGGUGAAUUGCACCUCCGAAAUGGGUGCGGAUUGGUUCUCGCCCACGGAUCGGCCAGCCGCAGCGAUGAUUUCAAACCUCAUGAACUUUGUGGGUGGAUCGCUGUCAUUCGUGCUGCCGCCCUUGUUCGUGGACGACAAUCCCACUGACUUCGUGGUAAUGAACAGGCAGAUCUCAUCAUUGCUCAGCUUUCAGUUUCACUCGGCGAUGGUCGCCUUUACGCUAACGUUUCUCCUGUAUCAGUCACGGCCAGUUUCUGCAAAGAUGGAAAAACGGCCGACAUUAAGUUUCAUCAAUGAGGUCAAAGGAAUUCUCAGAAAGAGCGAUUUUUGGAUCAUCAAUUUUCAGUUCAUGAUCUACAUAUCUAUUGGGCACGCAUUCGAUGCAGUGGAAGGCUCUUUGUUGGAAAACUAUGGUUACAACGCUUCCCUGACAUCUUGGACCGCCAUGUCGUGUGCCAUUACCUCGAUUCUUAGCACCAUCGUUGAAGCUCGAUUCAUCACUUCUGCGACAUACUACAAGGCCGCUCUGUUGAUCUCCAAUGCCUUCAUGGCAGCUUCACUGCUGGCAGGCUACAUGUGCCUUCACUAUGGCAUGUCGCCCUGGGUCUUCAUCGGGGCAGUUGGGAUCAUGGGUUUGUCCACACCAGGUUGGGGCUGCUCCGCCGAGCUGGGAUCUGAGGUGUGCUUUCCAGCACGGGAAGCCACGGUGAACAGCUUGUUGGAGGCAUUCAGCAACAUGGCGGGCGUCAUGUCUAUCGUCUGGGCCCAGGAAGGUAUCGAUGCCCACCUUGGGGCAGCAGUCCUGGCGGUCAUGGCGGUCUCAGCCAUGCUGGGCAUGGCAGUCCUGCUGUUCCUCUCAGGUCACCUGAGUCGUACCGAGACGGAAAAGAGCCCCAAGGCGGCGGAGGUGGAGGAAGAAGGCAUGUCCCACAUGGUGCAGCUGGAACAGGAUCGCCGCAGCACUCGACACCGGACCAAGGUGGUCUUCGUUUUGUGGGCCAUCGCUGUGAACUUUGUGAGUCUUCUGAUCACUGCUACGACUGCGCAAUUCAUGCCCGUGAUUUUUUCUGAACCGCAGCUACCACAGAUCGUCGCCACAGGGCCAAAGAAAGCCAAAAAGCGUCCAACGAGACUGAAGAAUGGAGUCAAAGAACCCAGGACUUGGUUGCUGAACUGCGGCUCGGAAAAGUACCAAACCACGCGCCGCGAGAAGAUCAUGAGCAUUAUGUCGUCCAACACCAGCUUGGCCUUUUUCCCAUGCUUAAAGGGGAGAUCAAAUCUCCAUGCAGCGAUCAAAGAUGGCUUGCUGCCGCAGUCUGCGCUGAUGGCCUUCAGCAGAUCUCCGGGAGCGCGCCUGGAGCUUGCGAAGGCAGCAUCCCACAUGAAAUUGUGGAAGUUCAUGGUGAUGCGGAACAUCCCAGCGGUCAGCAUUCUGGAAGAUUCAGAGAGCCUGUGCUGGAACUUUCGCCAGAAGCGCAACGAGUUGCUGGGAAAACUGCCGCUGAAGACCGACUUCGUGGCCUUCAAUCCACUGAAAGAGGUAGGGCAGCUGGACCAGAAGCUGAACUCCAAGAAGCAUGGCAAUUCCACCGAGAAGCGGAAGAAGGCGAACACACCCAUCUUCCGGCUGAAACCCGGCAAAGGGCUUCCACAAGCUUUCAACAACUACUAUAUUACGCUGCGCUAUGCCAAGAAGCUCCUCCGGAUCGGUUCCGGUUUCGAUGCGAGUCAAGGCUUUAGCGAGUUUGUUUUCAACAAUUUGUAUCGCAGCCCACAAGCUCGUGGCUUUCGGGGCUAUGCGCUCCCCCCCGCUGUGCUUGGCAACCAGAGUGCACACGUGGCGACUUGCUCUUGACAAAAUGCGUCUGGCGCGUACUGAAGAUGGUCGCCCCUGUCUUUUGAACUCGCCACGGCUCAUGGGUUGCCGGGACUGGUCCGGAGAACAUGUUGAUUGCCGC